ACGCUGGCUUCGGUCUUGUCAUUGUCAUUGACAGCCGAGUCCCCGCAACCACGCAACUUUCGAGGCCCUACACUGCUAUCAUAAUCGAUCUGAUGGACUUGGAUCUCUUUGCAGGUCUCUGCGAGUGGGUGAAAGCCGAGUGCUAUUUCUCGAACCGGGAGAACAACAAACACCCAAUCUCCACUCAUCUGGUCACCGUCCACAUGGAUUCGGCGCCAGAAUACGACGCCAUCCCAUACGUGUGGGGGGAUACACUGGUACCGUACCAAUUUGCUGCGAUGACAUCUCGACCAACAUCACAUCGAUCUCAAUUGGGCCUUGCGGAGGGUGAGACUUGCCGACAAUUCGAGGGUUAUGUGGGCGGAUGCUCUGUGCAUCAAUUCAAACGACAAUCAACAGCAUAGCCAGCAGGUCGCCAUCAUGGGUCGCAUCUACUCAGGGGCGAGAUAUGGUCUCGUAUGCAUGGGAGAUGCCCUGGAUGAGGAGCUGCCAAUGUCGCCUCUUUUGUGGGCCAUUUCGAGAAAACCCCCUCCUUAGACCUGUACGAGCCAGAUUU